AUGGAAUAUGUAAAACAAUUAGGAAUUCAAAAUGUUACUGAUUUGUGUACAUUGGUUAAAUGGAAUGAAGAAAAUAAUAUUAAAUUCAUGCGAAUUUCUUCAGGUAUCUUUCCAUUUGCUAGUCAUGAGGAAUAUGGUUAUUCGUUAGAUUAUGCUGCAAAAGAAUUACGUAUUGUAGGCGACUUUGCUAAAAAGAACGGACAUCGCCUGACAACACAUCCUGGUCAAUAUAAUCAAUUGGGUAGUCCGAAUUCCGCGGUGGUUCGUAAAACGUAUAAUGAUUUAUCGUAUCACGCAGAAAUGAUGGAUUUGAUGGGAUUACCAAAAGAUUCGAUAAUGGUAAUCCACAUGGGAGGGGUCUACAAUAGUAAGGAGACGACAUUGAAGAGAUUCGAAGACAAUUAUCUUAAGGUAUUGUCACCGAGUAUUAGAGAUCGAUUGGUGUUGGAGAAUGAUGAAAUUUGUUAUAAUGUCCAAGAUUUGUUACCUAUUUGUAAAAAAUUGAAAAUACCUUUGAUUUUGGAUUGUUUGAAUUCCGGAACACUUUCUGACCAAGAUUUACUUGAUCUUAUACCAGAAAUUAAUAAAACAUGGACUGACAAAGGAAUUAAACCCAAACAACAUUAUUCCGAGGGAAGACCUGGAGCUUCAAAUAUCAUGGAAAAAAGAGCGCAUUCUGAUCGUGUUAAGCAAUUACCUCCAUGUGAAAUGGAUAUGGAUUUAAUGAUUGAAGCAAAAGAUAAAGAACAAGCAGUGUUUCAAUUAUAUCUAAAGUAUAAACUUUAUUCGGUCAAUCCCAAGUUAAUUUUACCACCAGCAGAACUCGAAACAUUACAAACAAGAGGACGAAAAAGCAACAAUCCUAAUAAUCGAAGGAAUAAAAUGAAAGAAUAUAUAGUAAACGAUUAUGAUAAACAAUCAAAAGUCAAGAAAAAAAGGAUUAUGACCAAAAAAAUCAAAAAUAAUAAGAUAUCAACAAAAAAUAAGAAGGAUGAUGACAAAGUCAAUUAUGAAGAAGAGGACGAUAGAUUAAAUAAUGAUGACGAUGAAAUAGAUGAUGAACAAUCAAAAUCCAAGAAAAAAAGAGUCGUAACCAAAGAAAGUAAUAAUAAGAGGAAUAAUGAUAAAGUUAAUGAUGAAAUCAUAGAAGAUGAACCAAACACCAAGAAAAAAAGGCUCGGUCCUAAACGACCAUUUGAGGAAGCAUCUCUCACCAUAGAUCCUCCCAAUCUUCGAGAUAGUACUUCACCUUCACGUUCUAUUUCACCUAUCUUUUUUCAACCUAUGCAAGAUCAUUCUACUAGUGAAGAUGACCAUUCUGAUGAUUUUUGUGGUGAUGGUGAGAACGAAAAUGCACCAACUGAAGUUCAACAUUUUAUCUCAAAGAUGGAAAAUCUGAUUUUUCUAAGAUUAAAGGAUCAUUGA